GUUUCUUUGUGAAACUUAGUAAUAGUAGUUCUUUAUUUGUGAACUGUACACAACCACGAGUCGAACAAACGUUCUGAUUUUUUAUUGGCCAUAACCUGAUAACCAGUAAAACUGCGAUUUGCAUUGCAGUAGAAACGUCAGCGAGUUUCUGCGGAUGUGGGGGGAAAUUCCCUGCUAAAAUUUAUUACAACCUCACAGUGACUUUUCCAGUUUUGUCACCAGUACGAUUAAGAGUGAGGAGGACAUCACAGUUACAUGUCGGAAUAAUUCUGUGGGUUAUAAAAGGAAAGCGAGGUAAACAGCCAUGGAUGUGCGAGGUCACCUGCCUGCUAUGUCAAGGCUUGCCCUUCAAGGGGAACCUUAUGUUGAAAUUGUUGAGCAGCCCAAGCAACGUGGUAUGCGUUUCCGAUAUAAGUGUGAAGGACGAUCAGCUGGCAGCAUUCCUGGGGAACACAGCACAGAUAACAAUAGAACAUAUCCUUCAAUCCAGGUCGCUAACUAUUUUGGAAGAGGGAGAGUUUUAGUCACUUUAGUUACGAAAAUGGAACCUUUCAAGCCCCACCCACAUGACUUGGUUGGGAAAGACUGUAAAGAUGGAUUCUAUGAAGCUGAUUUUGGCCCAGAUCGUAGAAUUAUUUGGUGUUUUUCUGAAGUGCAAAGGGACUUGGGAGUCCUAGCCCAGGAUUCUCUUAUGGUAAACUUGCAGCUGAGUCGGUAG